AUGUAUUCCACUCGUGAAUGUGGUAAAUGUAACACCGGGGGUGUUGUGAAUGAAAUGGUCGGUUGCGACAUGUGUGACAUCUGGUUGCACGCUGACUGUGCCGGUAUCACGGGUGAUACACCGGACCCAAACAGAAGUUGGCGCUGCGCAGAGUGUUUACAUGAUGAAGUGACAGAUGUUGUCAGCAUCGGUAGUCGGAAAACCGCAAAAACUUCAAGUAGCACCCGAAAUCGACGUGCAGAGCUUGCCCUCAAGUUGCUUGAAGAGGAACAAGCGUUGAGAGAGAUAAACCGUCAGAAGGAGGAUGAACUAAGAAGAAAAGAAGCAGAAAUUUUGAAGACGAGAGCUGAGGAGGAUGCAAAACUUCUCAAGCAAAAGCACGAUUUAUUACAAUCCUUGGAAGAUGAAGACAACAGCAAUAGGAGCGGGAUAAGUAGCAGAGCGAGCCGGGAGAUGGUUCAGUCGUGGCUUGGUGGUGGUGAAAUACCACCGCCUGAAAAACCACAACCAUCUGUAGGAGAUGUUCAACCGAUCGUUACAUCCACAUUCGGAACAGUUUCUACACACAAAAGUACGAUGUCUGGGCCGCAGUUCGGUACCGACAGUCAUCCCACCGCGAUAGCUGCGACAAACAUCGACGUGCCUAAGUCUUCGUCAACACCACAUACCAUGAUAACGGCUUGUGGCUAUACGGAUGUGGAAAAUCUCGCUAGGCUACAACGCUGUCUAAAAGGCUCUGCGCUCGAGGCAGUGAAAAGUCGUCUGCUGUUGCCACAGUCGGUGUCGUUCGUGAUGGAUACACUCAAGAUGUUGUACGGGCGACCAGAGAUUUUGCUUCACUCUCUAUUGCAGAAAUUACGAAGUGUUUCAUCCCCAAGGACUGAGAAUUUACAAUCGAUAAUCGUAUAUGGUAUGGCUGUACGCAAUCUCGUCGAUCAUAUGCGUGUUGCCAAUCUAGAGGAUCACAUGCGAAACCCAAUGUUGGUACAAGAGCUUGUAGAGAAACUUCCACCACAAAUGCGCAUGCAGUGGUCGUGUUUCAAGCGUACCUACACGGAUGUUGACCUGUCAACAUUCGGUGAAUUUAUGUCGGAAUUAGUAAAAACGGCAACGGAUGUAUCUAUACCUGGGGAACUUAUUGUACAACAAACCAGAUCGAUCAAUAAAGGACGAGAAAAACAGAAACUGUACGUUCAUACCGAAGCAGAAAGUAAGAAAAAAAAGUCAACGAAUACCAAGUCUCCAAAUGAGUCGGAUCCUACGAGACGUCAGUGUGCCUACUGUUCGGAAGACGGUCAUGAGAUAGCACGUUGUCCACAGUUCAAAGCAUUGGAUCUGGACGGGAGAUGGAAAGCGAUUCGAUCGAAAGGACUUUGCAGGAUGUGUCUAAUACCACACCGAAAGUGGCCAUGUCGUUCGGGCAAGGAGUGUGGAGUAGAUGGAUGUCGCAUUCAUCACAACUCACUGCUACAUUCGCAACGGGCUGUAACGGAGACAUUAGGGGGACAACCUAAGUAUGUUGAAAAUGUUACGCGUCAGAAUCAUCAUGCGGUCUCAAAUUUUUCAUUAUUUCGCUAUCUUCCCGUAACACUCGAAGGGAAUGGGAAAAAACUGAACACGUUUGCGUUCUUGGACGAUGGUUGUGAGUCUACACUGUUGGAAGCGGGACUAGCGAAAGAAUUGAAUAUCGUUGGGCCAGAAGAACCUCUUUGUUUGUCCUGGACAGGAGAUAUAUCUCGUGAAGAAAAGGGAUCACAACGGGUUUCGGUGACAAUCAGUGGAGUAGGGCUUAAGAGUAAAUUCCAACUGAGCAAUGUGCGUACGGUGCAAAAAUUGAUGCUGCAGAGUCAGUCGUUCCAUUAUGAUGAACUCAAGAGAAUAUAUCCGCAUUUGGAAGGGCUACCUUUGAGCAGUUAUUCCGACGCGGUUCCGAGAAUGAUCAUUGGUAUCGAACAUGCACAAAUGAUAACCACUCUGAAAGUGCGUGAAGGAAGAUCUACCGAUCCAAUUGCAGCCAAAACGCGGUUGGGCUGGUGUGUGUACGGUAAGCAGUCCGACGGCUGUGAUGCUGUUACUCAACUGCACAUGCACUCGCAAGCGAACGAAUACAGGGAACUACACGAGUUAAUGAAACAGUAUUACAGUAUUGAGGAGGCAGCAGUUGCAACACCAUUAGAGUCGGAGGAGGAUCGACGAGCUCGCGCCAUCCUGGAAAAAACGACACAGAGAGUUGAUGGUGGUUUCGAAACCGGGCUCCUAUGGAAGUAUGACAGACCAUCGUUUCCAAACAGUUAUCCCCUUGCUCUUCGAAGAAUGUAUUCUUUGGAAAAGCGGCUUGCAAAGGAACCAGAACUACAACAGCGAGUGAACACAUUGCUAACCGAAUAUGAGAGUAAAGGUUACGCUCAUCGAAUCACACAAGAAGAGUUGAACAUGACUAAACCCGAACGUGUCUGGUAUCUGCCAAUAGGAAUCGUGAGGAACCCGAAGAAACCGGACAAGAUACGCUUGAUCUGGGAUGCCGCCGCACGAGUUCAUGGUGUUUCACUCAACGAUAUGCUCCUGAAAGGGCCAGAUAUGUUGGCAUCGUUAUUUGCAGUUUUAUUGCGUUUUCGUCAGCGAUCGGUGGCCGUGUGUGGAGAUAUACGAGAGAUGUUCCACCAGAUCCGAAUCGUAUCUCAGGAUAAGCAGUCGCAGAGAUUUGUCUAUAGAGAAAAUCCAGAUCAGUUACCACAGAUCUAUGUUAUGGACGUGGCCACAUUCGGAGCUACUUGUUCGCCAUGUUCCGCUCAGUUCGUCAAGAACAAGAACGCCCAGGAAUUUGCUUCAAAAUUUCCAAGAGCUGCCGAGGCAAUUGAAAAGGCUCACUAUGUUGACGAUUUUCUGGAUAGCGUUGACACGGUUGAAGAAGCAGUUCGACUGGUGAAAGAUGUUAAAUACGUGCACGAUCAGGGAGGCUUUGAUAUCCGAAAUUUUUUAUCCAAUUCGGCCGACGUGUUGCAAGGUCUAGGAGAAACUCAGAGCACACAGGUGACGUCAGUUACUCUCAGCAGGAUGGCAGAUAUGGAUCGUGUUUUAGGCGUAAUUUGGAUACCGGCUACCGAUGUUUUUGCCUACGACAUAGUUCUAAAGGAUGAUCUUGUUAAGCUGCUGACGGAAGGAAUCACGCCUACAAAACGGCAGGUGCUACGACUCGUGAUGUCGUUAUUUGAUCCAUAUGGUCUAAUUGCGCAUUUCACCAUACAUGGUAAGAUUUUAAUGCAACACAUAUGGAGAUCUGGUUCGGACUGGGAUGAAAAAAUAGUAGAAGGGCUACAAGGGCUGUGGAAUAGCUGGAUUAUGCUUUUGAAGCGAUUGAACGAAGUACGUGUUCCUCGCUGUUUCUUCGGUGGAGCAAGUAGUGGACUGCCUAGUGCAAUCCAACUGCAUGUUUUUGUCGAUGCGGGAGAAUUGGCGUAUGCAUGCGUUGCCUAUUUACGGAUUAUCCAAGAUGGAACAGUGCGAUGUGCGCUAGUCGCGGCAAAAACAAAAGUAGCGCCGCUAAAACCGUUAUCUAUUCCUCGUUUAGAGCUGCAAGCUGGAUUGAUAGGCGUACGUUUGAUGGAUAACAUAUGUGCAGUGUUGGAUCUACCUUUAGAAAAACGGUAUGUGUGGACAGAUUCGAGAACGAUUCUUUCCUGGAUAAAAUCAGACAGUCGGCGUUAUCACUCAUUCGUUGGCUUUCGUGUGGGAGAGAUUCUGAAUAUAUCUUCUAUGGAUGAGUGGCGUUACGUACCAUCUAAGCUCAACGUAGCAGACGAUGCAACGAAAUGGGGCUCUGGACCCAGUUUUAGUCCGAAUAGUCGCUGGUAUAGCGGUCCGACCUUUUUGUAUCUGUCAGAAACACAAUGGCCCGACCAACCAACGAUAAUAGAGGCGACAAAGGAAGAGUUGCGUGUAGCAUUCCAGUAUCAUCAACAAAUAACACCCGGACUGGUCGAUGUGAGUAGAUUUUCGAACUGGAAUCGUCUUGUGCGAACUAUGGCGUACGUGUUCAGAGCCAUUGGAUUGUUUCGGAAGAAAAGCCGACCUGGACCACUGACAAGUGGUGAGUUGCGUCAGGCAGAGAACGUGCUGUGGCGACAGGCGCAAAUCCAAGCCUUUCCGGACGACUUCUGCGUACUGCAUUUCAACAAAACGAAUCCAGAUGAACAACCAAAACGAAUCGAGAAGUGUAGUCCACUCUUUAAGCAGUCACCAUUUAUCGAUGAUGCUGGAGUAAUUCGAAUGGAUAGCAGGAUUUGUGCAGCGCCGACCAUCCCAUACGCAGCAAAAUAUCCAAUACUGUUGCCGAGAGAUCACAAAUUGACUACACUUCUGGUUGAAGAGUAUCAUCGUCGUUUCAAACACCAAAAUCACGAGACGGUGCUUAACGAGAUUUGGCAGCAAUUUCGAAUACCGAAGUUACGUCCCUUGCUCAAACGCAUUGUCAGAAAUUGCGUACACUGCAAGGUUCGGAAGGCUGUACCGAAGCCAGCAAUGAUGGCCUGCUUACCGAAGGUAAGAUUAACGCCCCAUAUCCGAGCUUUCAGCCACACGGGAAUCGACUACUUCGGUCCAAUACAAAUCAGACAAGGUCGGAGCUUGGUGAAACGCUGGGUGUCUCUUUUUACAUGUCUCACGAUUCGUGCAAUUCAUCUAGAAUUAGUACAUUCUCUCUCAACACAAUCCUGCGUUAUGGCGAUCAGAAGGUUCGUGGCACGCAGAGGAUCUCCUUCGGAUUUUUAUUCGGAUAACGGUACCUGUUUCCGAGGUGCAAGUAAUUUGUUGGUAGAACAGAUUCGGGCGAUCCACGUCGAUUGUGCAGUGACAUUCACCAAUGCUCGGACGAACUGGCACUUUAAUCCUCCAUCCGCACCCCAUAUGGGUGGAGCAUGGGAGCGAAUGGUACGAUCGGUGAAGGCAGCAAUGCAGACAAUCUCAGAACACCCUCGUUAUCCAAACGACGAGGUACUGGAGACAGUAAUGCUGGAAGCAGAGGCCAUAGUCAACUCACGACCUCUAACCUACAUCCCAUUGGAAAACGCCGAUCAAGAAGCACUAACACCUAACCACUUUCUGUUGUAUGGGCCGAGUGGCAUAGGACAACCGACUACACCGCUAAUGAGCAGUGGACACGCGUUGCGGGAUAGCUGGAAGCUGGCACAAAAUCUGGUAGAUAUGUUCUGGAAGCGUUGGGUCCGCGAGUACUUACCGAUGUUAACCAGAAGAACGAAGUGGUUCGAAUAUGUGCAACCGCUGGAACCCGGAAAUUUAGUUAUGGUAAUCGACGAAACAAAAAGAAAUGGGUGGAUACGAGGACGAGUCGUAAGCGUCGUUCGUGGCAAGGACGGACAAGUUCGGAGUGCCACAGUACACACUAUAAACGGAAUCAUGAACCGGCCUGUGGUGAAACUAGCUAAGCUGGACGUUUGCGAGACUCGGAGCUGUAAGCCAGGAAUCCCGGAACUACACGCGGGAGGGGAUGUUGAAAAUAGCAGGUCUGCCAACACUGAAAACGGAAGUGUAGUUUCGGCCUCUCAGUGA